AUGGCGACGCGAUCACAUGCUCCCAAGCGCGCUGCGCAAAUUUCAACAAAUACUCCAUCAAAAACGCCCAAGAAACCGGUUCUAGAGAAAGCAAAGAAAACCAUAAAUGCCAAUAAAGAAGACAGAGAUAAUUUACACGAAGAAAAGCCUAUGAAUGUCGAAAAUAUGUUCGAAACGAUUAUGAGCAAGCUGGGUAAAUUAGAUAUCAUUGAUGGCCGUAUGAUAUCGAUGGAACAAGAACUGAAGGAAGUAAAAGAAUCUUUAGAAUAUGCAUAUGCUGAAGUUGAAACGCUGAAGAAAGAAAACGCAGAGCUAAAGAAGUCUGACUCGGAGACGAAAGAAAGAUUGGCGAAAGUAGAAGAGCAGAAUUCAGCAUUAAAUAGUCGCGUCAUUGACCUACAAGCAAGGUCAAUGCGCGACAACUUAAUGUUUUAUAAUUUACCAGAGCGUGAGGACGAAAAUACAAACAACCUCAUACAUAACUUAUUACAAGAGCAACUUGGAAUAUCGGAUGCGAAGACUAUAAAGAUAGACCGUUCACACAGAAUAGGCAGAAGAACACCGGGAUCGAGAAGACCAAGAGCCAUUGUCGCGAAAUUUAAUUUUUACCCGGAUAAGGAACGUAUACUGGCUAACGCGAGGCGAUUAAAGGGUACAGGAAUUGCAAUUUCUGAACAGUUCCCGGAGGAAAUUGUUAAAUUAAGAAAGCGACUACUGCCAGAAAUGAAGAAAGCACGUGAGGAUGGUAGGAGAGUAAAAUUAGUUAGAGAUAAGUUAUAUAUAGAUGGCCAACUUUUUAGACAUAAUUCUACUCACUAG